AAGAGAUGCACGACCUUGUAAUCUGGGUGCUCCUUCUCUCCCUCCCUUAUUACACUCCUUUCGUUCUUCAAGACUAGGUUGGUGCUACAUCAUUUGUAUUGAGCACGAGCCAUAUAGCAGACCACGGAUUACUCAAACGAUCAGCUUUGUCAUUGCGCUUGACCCAAUAAAGGUCGUCUUCAUAGGCAAUUAUCCUCGGGCUUUAUGUCCUGUAUAUCGUGAUCUACAUUGAAGAAAAGUCGCUGCUCGGAUUCGUCAUCUCUAAGUGUAAUUGGUUGGUAUGGCCAACCAGCACCCACCAUACUCGCAUCCGGGUCCGUCCUACUACCCACACUCGCCACCGCCACAUCCGUAUGGAUUCCCUCCCAAUCCCAACGCUGUCCCAUUCUACCCAUACCCGCCACCUAUGAAUGGGCAUUCACCAUUACAUCAGCCAACCUCGCCUAGACUGCAUGGUGGAGGUCGUGAUGGGUAUCCCUCUCACAGACCAGGGCCAAACUUUCAACAUUUCCAACCCAUUCCCCCGCAGCAUUACAUGCCUCCACAACCUAUCACGCCAUUAGCCGUCUCGCCAACAAGUCCGUACUCUCAAGCUCAAAAGUACUCGCCGCAUGCGCCACAAAUGUCGUAUUCUCCUUCUUACCCACCUCAGCACAAUGGUCCAUACCCCCCUCAAACAUGGCCGGCGCAACCACUCUCACCAUUACCAAAACAGUUAUCGAUGCUUCCACCUCCACAGUCUCAUCCUCAAGAAGUUCCAGUGCCUCCGCCAUCUUUAGCGCCUCCGCAACCUUUACCAAGUAGCGCAUCUGCGCCAGUUGCGUCGUUGUCGUCGUUUGUCCAGCCUUCUGUUAUACCUUCUGCUUCGUCAUCUGUUUCUACAUCUCCUCAAGUGCAUUCCUCUUCCCAAGCCGAGCCUACAUUCCACGAACAUUUGUCAGCGUCUGCUACUACUUCGGAAGCAUCUUCGGUCCCAUCGACACCAGCGAGUCGACCAAAAGCGUCCGAAAUAUCCAUCUCAGGGUGGGUAAUCUGGUCACGGAGAGGUAAUCCGUCUGAUGCCCCGGGCGUCAUCAUUUCUCCUCGAGCAAAUCCUCCCGAACAUGUCGUGCAAAAGGCUUUGCAGCUUCCAAGUCCUCCCGUCUCGCCAAAAAUCAAGUUGAAAUCGUUACAGCGGGUAGCAGUACUUUCACCGCACGAGGUCCACGUUCCUCUCAAGGAGGAAGUGAAGGAAGAGCCUGCGAAAGAAGAGUCUCCAGAACCUGCAGAUGUGCCGUCAUCGUCAGCCACUGAAACCACGCCGGCAUGUUCAACUGCUCCGGAUACACCUGUUCCUGGUUCACCUUUGUCUACGAAUACGUCCAUAUCUCUUGCUACCGGAUCACCAGCUGUAGGAAAGCCACUCAAGCCUCUAGCUUCCCCCGAAGCCCACAUGGAGUCUACUGCAGUUGAACUUCCAUCGACUGUCGCACCGUCCGCCACCGAAAUUUCGGCCCGCGAGAAGGCUCAAUCUGUAGUGUCUCCUCCGACUCAGCCUGUUACGUCGCCUUCUGUACCUGCAACGCCGCCUCCCGCCACAACGCCUCAGGCUGCACCUCCAAAGAAAUCAUGGGCAUCGCUUCUCCAGUCUUCUGACACCGCUUCGUCUUCAAAAUCACGCCUACCCACGUCUUCUAUUGUCGGCUUUUCCAUUCCUGCGACCUUGACGGCUAGUACGUCCGCUGCUAAUGGCGCACCUGUACAAGCCCGACCGGAACUUCUCAGCCUUCUCACCACCGGUCCCAAGGGGUCCAUCCCCCCUCCUAAAAUCCGUCCUCGUGGUAUCAUUAACACCGGCAACAUGUGCUUCGCCAACGCGGUGUUGCAAGUGCUUGUAUACUGCCCACCUUUCCAUCGAUUAUUCACUGAACUGGGAAAGCAUAUCACUGGCCCGAUCGUCGGCCCUCAGAAGGACGGAAGUAAGGCGACACCGCUCGUUGAGGCUAUCAUUCAGUUCCUCAGAGAAUUCAAUCCCAGGAGCGUCGACUCUGGUACUGGUGGAAAGGGGAAGGAGCGCGAGGAAGAUGACUUUUAUGACCUCGAUUCCUUCGUACCCAACUACGUGUAUGAUGUGAUGAAGGAGAAGAAGCGGUUUGCCAGCAUGGUUGGCGGAUACCAAGAAGAUGCUGAGGAAUUCCUUGGGUUUUUCCUCGACAUUCUUGAAGAGGAGCUUUUCUCAUUGCAGUCCUCGCUUUCGCCCACAAAGGCACCCGCUUCGGUUGCUGGUGGGAAUGUCGGCGAGCAUGCAGAGACCGCGGCUCAGGAUGACAAAUGGUUCGAGGUUGGCAAGCGGAAUAGAACGGUCGUUACUCGCACAGUUAAAUCGAUGGACUCCCCAAUAACACGCAUCUUUGGUGGUAAAUUCCGUUCGACGCUUCGUGCCCCCCAUCAGAAAGACUCGGUGACCAUCGAGGACUGGAGAGCACUACGGCUUGAUAUCUCUGUAAGUAUCCUUGUUACCUGCAUCGAGUUACACGCGAAACUCAUGACCCUCCAGCGUGAUCAAGUGCAUACCAUUAAAGAUGCCUUACAGCUAAUUUCGCAUCCUCAAUCCGUACAACUUACUUCUCCCACACGACCCGGCCAGGUGAUCGAAGCCACUCAACACACACUCAUCGAGUCACUGCCGCCGGUACUGGUGUUGCAUAUGAAGCGAUUCAUGUAUGAUACUACUGUUGGUGACGUGGUGAAAAUAAACAAGCAGGUUGCGUAUGGAUUUGAUCUGGAAAUCGGUCCUGAUCUCAUCGCACCGACAAAGAGAACAUCUCAUCCCAUCAAGUACCAACUCUUUGCAGUUCUUUAUCAUCACGGUCAAUCCGCUUCGGGAGGACAUUACACUCUCGACGUGCUUCAUCCGAACCGUGACAUGAAUGACCGACCCCGUGCAGCAUGGAUCCGGAUCGAUGACGAACUGGUUUCGGAUAUUCGGGCAGACGAUGUUUUCGGUACGCAGGAACGAGACGAUAGAUGUGCAUACUUGCUAUUCUACCGUAGAGUGGGUAAUGUAGCCUCUGGCCCGCGGACUUGGUCAUCAUUAGCAGCAGCGCAUAAUGCAGUUUAGUUUUGUGCCCUUAUACCUUGCUAAGGCUUGCUUAUUGUGGAUCAUCGCAUCUUUGCUGUCCGAAUGGUCGGGGACACUGCCGCAAUAUGAUACCUCUUACAAGGUCACC